CCGCUCUAACCUCUGCUACAUAAUAACUUAUCUCGACGUCGUCGGAACGUUCGCUGGCAGAAACAACACCUUCCCACCAGCGAAAGGGAUUCACUAUUCACAGUGAUAUCCUCAACUUGACUGUGGCAGCCAUGGCUUCUCUCAGUCCUCUGCCAGUCGUCAAGACUGUCUCCGAUUGCGCCGACUUCUCUCGCACAGUGCUACCAUACCUCCCACAGCUCCGCGAGCUCCCUUCACAAAUAUUCCACUCCAUUCAGGAUCCGCAACAGCUCAAGGAAAUCUACGUUUCGACGAAUCCGCUCAUCCUUGCAUUUGCGUUUUCGCUCUUUCUGUCACCGCUGUUCCUCUUCUCCUCGCAAAUCAACAAAAACUAUUCUCAAGUGGACCGUUUCUGGAGCAUUCUGCCAACACUAUACAAUGCGCACUUUGUCACCUGGGCACACAUGGUUGGCUUACCGACCUUGAGGCAGGAUACACUGAUAGCAUUUAGCGUCGUCUGGUCGCUCCGCUUGACAUACAACUAUUGGCGCAAAGGCGGAUACUCGAUUGGAUCCGAAGACUACCGGUGGAAGAUUGUCCAGUCAUGGAUGUCCCCUAGUCUCUUCUUCCUGUUCAAUGUUGUAUUUAUUUCUACUUUCCAGAGCAUUCUCCUCUUUCUCAUUACCACGCCGACCUACGUCCUUUUGCUAGCCUCACGGGUCACGGGCAAUGAAAACACGACAGGAGACUUGGUCUUUUCCCGCGUGCUCAUGGCACUUAUUCUCGUAGAAUUCUUCGCUGACCAGCAGCAAUGGGCCUUCCAAGAAGCCAAAAAGGAAUACCAAAAGACCGCCAAAGUACCUCGGAAGUUCAACCAAGAAGAUCUCGACCGCGGAUUUGUCGUAUCCGGAUUAUGGUCGUGGUCACGACACCCCAAUUUCGCCGCCGAGCAAGCCAUCUGGAUCAUCUUGUAUCAAUGGGGUUGCUAUACUACGGACACGUUAUUCAACUGGACCGUCGUCGGGUCCAUUUUUUACGCCUUCUUAUUCCAGGGCUCGACUUGGCUGACCGAGAGCAUUUCUGCCAAAAAGUAUCCCGAGUACCGCGAAUACCAGAAACUCGUGCCCAAGUUCAUCCCGAAACUCUUAGGAUCCGGCGACUCUUUGUUUUCUGUGCCUGUGGAGUCGAGCACGAACACGAGCACGAGCACGGCCGCGACUAAGGCCAAGGAGCCGAAGCUUGUGAAAAAUGCCAAUGCGCCAAAACUAAAGACAAGAGCAGCAAGUGGAACCGGCAAUGGUUCCUCUUCGGGGUCUUCCAAAAAGGAAUGAAAUGUGAAAUAGGCAUCUUUACAGCCGGAAGUCGUGCAAUUUGGAAAGAUUGUUUGCUAUUAGAAGUGAAGGUAAUAUUGAUAAAUCUGAUCGAUAAAGCUGAUCGAAAGAUAAAUACUCAAAGAGUAUGGAGAUAGAGUAAUUUACCAAAUCUCGGCUUUUCUUCUUGGAAUACAGAUUGCUUGAAAUAGCAAUAGCUAGACCUAUCACACAUGUAUAUGAUGCACGUGUAGCCA